UGGAAGUGCAAAUUUCACAAAGCUUAAGGUGUGUCUUUUUCAGUUUUUGACAGUUUGAUAAUCUUCGCAAAGCUGAACAUAUUCAAAACCCUACUAAAACCUCUGUUGUUUUUCCUCUUAAAGAGUCAAUAGUAGUCUUAACCAAAAAUUUGUAAGCGGAGAUUAAUGGCAGAAACGAUGGAAGUGGAAGUGGAAGCUGCGGCGGCGGCAGAGAGAGAAGCAACCAACAGUGUCAUAUGUCAGUUGGCUGACCCAGAAGGGAAUCCGUUGGGUGCUGCCUUGUACCUCCCUGAAAACGCUAGUCCAAAAGAGCUUAAUCAAGUUGUCAAUAAGCUUCUCAGCAAUGAGGAAAAGUUGCCUUAUGCAUUUUAUAUCUCAGAUGAAGAGCUUGUGGUGCAGCUUGGAUCAUACUUAGAGAAGAAUAAAGUGUCUGUGGAAAAAGUCUUGACCAUAGUUUAUCAACCACAAGCAGUGUUUCGAAUCCGCCCUGUCACUCGUUGUUCGGCCACAAUUGCUGGUCAUACUGAAGCUGUUCUUUCAGUUGCCUUCAGUCCUGAUGGACGACAGUUGGCAAGUGGAUCUGGUGACACUACAGUUCGUUUGUGGGAUCUAAAUACCCAGACACCGUUGUUUACAUGUCAAGGGCACAGAAAUUGGGUUCUUUCUGUUGCAUGGUCGCCAGAUGGUAAGCAUCUUGUUAGUGGAAGCAAGGCUGGAGAACUUAUCUGUUGGGACCUUCAGACUGGGAAGCCUUUAGGGAAUCCGCUUACUGGCCACAAGAAAUGGAUAACUGGUAUUUCUUGGGAACCUGUACACCUCAGUGCUCCAUGUCGCCGCUUUGUAAGUGCAAGUAAAGAUGGCGAUGCACGGAUAUGGGAUGUUACCACAAGGAAGUGUCUCAUUUGUCUCACUGGCCAUACACUUGCAAUAACAUGUGUAAAAUGGGGUGGAGAUGGAGUUAUAUACACGGGAUCUCAAGACUGUACAAUCAAGGUAUGGGAAACCACGCAAGGGAAGCUGAUACGUGAAUUGAAGGGUCAUGGACAUUGGGUAAAUUCUCUAGCAUUGAGCACUGAAUAUGUUCUUCGAAGUGGAGCUUUUGAUCACACUAAUAAACACUUCGCAUCUCCUGAGGAAAUGAAAAAGGUAGCACUUGAAAGGUACAACAAAAUGAGAGGUAAUGCCCCUGAGAGGUUGGUAUCAGGAUCAGAUGAUUUCACAAUGUUUCUAUGGGAGCCUGCUGUCAGCAAGCACCCAAAAACUCGCAUGACAGGUCAUCAACAGCUGGUUAAUCACGUUUAUUUUUCUCCGGAUGGUCAAUGGAUAGCAAGUGCUUCAUUCGAUAAGUCAGUAAAAUUAUGGAAUGGAACCACAGGAAAAUUUGUUGCUGCAUUCCGAGGCCAUGUUGGACCUGUUUAUCAGAUAAGCUGGUCAGCCGACAGUAGGCUACUUUUGAGUGGGAGCAAAGAUUCAACCUUGAAGGUUUGGGAUAUCCGGACAAAAAAAUUGAAACAAGACCUUCCCGGCCAUGCUGACGAGGUUUUCGCGGUCGACUGGAGUCCAGACGGCGAAAAAGUAGCAUCUGGUGGUAAAGAUAGAGUUCUGAAGCUAUGGAUGGGAUAGAAACAAGGGUGACUCCACCCCUAUACCAAUGAAGCUCUUGUUUUUAGCCUGGAAAAUUCAAGGCCCCUACUUUUAUUUAUUAGAUAUAUAAAAUAUGUAAUUCAAGUAGUAAUCGCCAUUCUUAUUAUUAUUAAUAUUAAUGAUAUACGUGAGCUUUUUACCAGCCAUUAAUCACAUAAUUCUUACUUUAUAUUGUAUUUUAGGGAUUUGGUUGUGGUAAUUAUAGAUGAGUGGUAGAUAGUUAAGGUCAUAA